AUGAUGUUCGGUAUUUUAAGUUUUUUUCUAUUAUUUUCAUUGUGCUGUUCAAGAAGUUUACCGAAAGUUCAACAGCCCGAUCCAGAAUGCGAUUACAAUAUUACACAAUUAAUUCAAAGUAAAGGUUAUCCAUGGGAAGAACAUAAAGUAACAACCGCCGACGGUUACAUUCUUGGUGUUUUUCGUAUUCCACAUGGCCGAAAUGCAUCAUCAACAACGCCAGGUCGACCUGUUCUUCUUCAACAUGGACUUCUCGAUUCAGCUACAUCAUGGGUAAUUAAUUUUCCUGAACAAAGUCUUGGUUUUAUUCUUGCCGAUGCAGGUUAUGAUGUGUGGCUUGGUAAUAUGCGAGGGAACCAUUAUUCACGCGCUCAUGUAAAAUACAACCCUGAUCAUGAUGAAGCAUUUUGGGAUUUUAGUUGGGAUGAUAUGGCACGAGAUGAUCUUCCAUCGAUGAUCUAUUACAUUUUAAAUCAAACCAAACAAACACAAAUCGGUUAUGUUGGCCAUUCUCAAGGUACAAUGAUUGGUUUUGCUGAAUUCGGGAACUUAAGUAAUUUGGUUCAAAAUAAUGUUAGCUUGUAUGUAGCUCUAGCCCCUGUUGCCCAUGUGGGGCACAUAAAAUCUCCCAUAAAAUAUUUAUCAACUACCACCAUAAUAAAAGACUUAGAACUUUAUUGGCAUAUACUAUUUGGUAGGAAUGAAUUUCUUCCAUCAUCUGAUAUAGUUAGAUGGCUUGCAACAUAUGGUUGUGAACAGAUUAUAGUUGAUCGUUUAAUUUGUGAAAACAUUUUCCUUGUUCUCUAUGGGCCAGAAAAGAAAAAUUUAAACGAGACACGAAUGCCUGUCUAUGUUGCACACGAACCUGCUGGGACAUCUGUAAAAAAUAUGAUUCAUUUUGCACAAGGUGUACAAACAAAUACAUUCCAAGCCUAUGACUAUGGUUCGCCGGAGAAAAAUCAAUUACAUUACAAUCAAACAACUCCACCUGCGUACGCGAUCCGCCCGAUGAAAGUACCAACAGCAAUAUUUUCUGGUGGUGAAGAUUGGGUUGCUGAUUCUGAUGAUGUUUCAUUUAUUCUUGAUAACGUUCAAAGUCUUGUCUAUCAAAAGCUCAUUCCUGAUUAUAAUCAUGUAGAUUUCAUUUGGGCCAUGGAUGCAAAUAAAUUUGUUUAUGCUGACUUGCUCAAUGUUAUGGAAAAAUACCAUCCACCUACGUAA